CAUUUAUUUGUUAAAUAAAUUGAUUUGAAUGGGCAAUUGUCUAAAAUGUCCCACUGUAGGCUACUUAAACCCAGUUUUGGGGCAUAGUUUGAGUCGUUUAUUAACUUUUUUACUUGUGAAGAGCACCAUCAUAACAUUUCUGAGGAUAUAUUUUCAGAAAGUUGGCUCUCAAGUUAAAAAGUCUGGUGCUAAUUUUUGUUUUACUAAAUAUUUCUCCAGGGUUAUUAUUGAAAUUUGUGAAUUUACGUACACGACUUAAAAAUUUCUUUUUUGCCUAGAAUUUUUUUUACAGUACCACACUAUAAGACUUACAGUAUAUAUUUGAGAAAAUAACCCCUAUCUAGCCUAGAAAUCUAGACGCACCCUAGCGGCCGCAAAUAUAUUUGCUGCCAGGGUUUAGUCUAGGCACUCACAAUACACUUAACCGGUCCAAAAACCAAAAUUUGGUCAGGCCAAUCACAUCGUGUGUAGCGUCUGUGGGGCGGGCUUAACAUGAUGACGACAGAGCUGCAACGGUUCCUACUUGAAAACAGAGAAUGGCUGCUGCUGCUGGCGAACAGCUAUCUUUUGAAGCGGCUUUGGCCGCGACUCUGGAGGACUUAGACUUAUGUUUUUCUUUGAGAGAAGAGCAAAUAAACCCUACUGAAGUCCUUUUUAAGCAAGAAAGAUGUGUUUGGAGUUUUACCGACUGGUUACGAAUUCCAUUAUGCUGCCUAUGAAGGCUGUCCGAAUGAGUUUCCCGGAGCUGCCUUCAUGCUGCCGAAGUCAUUGCCUCUUGAGGCAGCGAGGCAACAAGUCAUUUAGACUUGGCUGGAGUCAGUGCAUCCUGCAGAGGUUUAAACCCAUAUGCCUUGACAGCUGAUCUCUUCAUAAAACAUAGCACCACAGGGAGCGCCAUUUAUGACCGUCGCUAUAAACACCAAUAGAUCUAAGGAACUAAUCAAGUCAGCUAUCCUGGACAAUGACUUCAUGAAGAACCUGGAGAUGUCUCAGAUCCAGGAGAUAGUGGACUGUAUGUAUCCAGUGGACUAUGACAAAAACAGCUGUAUAAUUAAAGAAGGGGAUGUUGGAUCCCUCGUCUAUGUCAUGGAAGAGGGGAAAGUAGAAGUGACUAAGGAAGGACUAAAGCUGUGCACCAUGGGACCGGGAAAGGUGUUUGGAGAGCUCGCCAUCCUUUAUAACUGCACCAGAACGGCAACAGUAAGAACUGUGACCAGCGUAAAGUUAUGGGCCAUCGACAGACAAUGUUUCCAGACCAUCAUGAUGAGAACAGGACUUAUCAAACACGCCGAGUACAUGGACUUAUUGAAAAGCGUCCCGACAUUCCGAAGUCUUCCAGAGGAAAUACUGAGUAAGCUUGCUGACGUCCUUGAGGAGACCCACUAUGAGGAUGGCGACUACAUCAUUAGACAGGGGGCACGAGGAGACACUUUCUUCAUUAUCAGUAAAGGAAAAGUGACAUUGACCCGUGAGGAAUGUCCAAGUCAGGAGCCCGUCUACCUGCGUUCCCUGGGGAAAGGUGACUCGUUUGGGGAAAAAGCCCUACAAGGGGAGGAUAUCAGAACUGCAAACUUCAUUGCAGCAGAGACUGUCACCUGCCUUGUGAUUGACAGAGACUCAUACAAACACCUGAUUGGAGGUUUAGAAGACGUGUCUAAUAAAACUGGUGAAGACGCAGAGGCCAAAGCAAAAUAUGAGGCAGAGAACGUUUUCUUCUCCAACCUGAACCUCUCGGAUUUUAACAUCAUCGAUACUCUUGGAGUUGGAGGAUUUGGACGUGUUGAACUGGUGCAGCUCAAGAGUGAUGAAGUGAAGACGUUUGCAAUGAAGAUCCUAAAGAAGCGUCACAUCGUGGACACGAGACAGCAGGAGCACAUCCGCUCGGAGAAGCUCAUCAUGCAAGAAGCACAUUCAGAUUUCAUUGUCAGACUCUACAGGACUUUUAAGGACAGUAAAUACCUCUAUAUGCUGAUGGAGGCGUGUUUAGGUGGAGAACUGUGGACUAUUCUCAGAGACCGGGGCAACUUUGACGACUCGACUACACGGUUUUACACGGCGUGUGUGGUGGAGGCGUUUGCUUACCUGCAUUCCAAAGGCAUCAUAUACAGAGACCUCAAACCCGAGAACCUGAUACUGGACCACAGAGGUUAUGCCAAACUGGUGGAUUUUGGCUUUGCCAAAAAGAUCGGUUUUGGGAAAAAGACGUGGACGUUCUGCGGUACUCCAGAGUACGUGGCUCCCGAGAUCAUCCUGAACAAAGGGCACGACAUCUCGGCAGAUUACUGGUCACUCGGGAUCCUCAUGUAUGAGCUACUGACUGGCAGUCCUCCUUUUUCAGGCCCUGAUCCGAUGAAAACAUACAACAUCAUUCUCAGAGGCAUCGACAUGAUCGAGUUCCCCAAAAAAAUUACCAAAAAUGCUGCCAAUCUCAUCAAAAAGCUAUGCAGAGACACUCCGUCUGAACGACUUGGCAACUUGAAAAAUGGUGUCAAAGACAUCCAAAAGCACAAAUGGUUUGAAGGGUUUAACUGGGACGGAUUGAGGAAAGGGACACUGAUGCCCCCUAUCAUUCCUAGUGUAACAUCAUCCACAGACACCAGUAACUUUGACAGCUUCCCAGAAGACAAUGAAGAUCCACCACCUGAUGAUAACUCAGGCUGGGACGUAGACUUUUAAACAGACCCAAAUACACAACAUGCGCACACAGACACGCAACACUGCCCGAAACGAGACCUGCCUGGUUUGAAGCAGGACUACCGUACGGAUGGAUGACGUCCAAUGACAUGACGUUCUGGUGGAGUGACCCGAAAAACAACAACAAACCCUGAAUCGUGUGUGUUUGUGUGCGCAUAUAAUAACCAUCUUUACUGUGAGGUAAUUGAAGAGACAGACCAUUUAGGGAAAAGGUUGUGACCUCAAUGAUUUGUUCUUCUCCCUGAUUGGCUGCAAACUCUUCAUGCACCAAUUUGUGUGCAGACUACUCUAAAGAAGACUAUGUGAUAACAACACUGAGUCCUGACAGACCUGAAUGUUACACUUAAAGUAAUACUCAUUCAUUAUAGCACAUGUACAUAGUAGCAUAGUAUCAUUAUCCCAAAACACACGCGUACGCUGGCGUUCCUGACAUGUAUCGGUUUCUCUUUCAUGUUUCAAGACUUUUGCUCGGUUUCACCAUCUCUUCAGACACACACGGACGCAUUCUCUCACCUGUCUCUGCUGUUUAUUUAUUGCCAUUACGGUUUAUGAUAUUCUGAGCCCAGCGCUGGUUUUCUCAAAAUGAUGUGCCUCAAAAUCAUAGCUUCAUUGAUACGAGCGUACUGUAUUUAUUGUCCUAGAUGCAUUUCUAUUGAGGAGCAGGUGAGUAAUAAUCACUGUGAAUGGUCGGCUUUCAAACAGAAAAGGGGCGGAGUUUAAUCGUUUUGCCUUUUAUGGCCGUUUCCUAACUGUGUUGUCAAAGGACUAAUUGGACCGCAGGUGCAUUGUAAUCAUUUCCACGGAGAUUCAGAUCAUGAACAGUAUUAGUGCCUUAAACCAACGGCAUCCCAAACCUGCUGCAUGCCUUCAGUACAAUCCCUUCAGCCUGCUGCUGUCCAUCAGAUGCUCUCUGUGUCCUUUUUAUACAAUAAAGCAACCGUUUUAGA